CAAAACCGGACUCCUGUAAAUAUUUCUGCAGAAGAGCAACUAGCCAGAUUGGACGAGGCGUAUUUUGAGUGUGCCAAGUACAUCGUCUACCAUCCGACACCAGCAACUAAUGGCACCUACUGUCCUCGAGUCUGGGACAAUGUUCUGUGUUGGCCAGACACCCCUGCCGGUGAAGUGGCAGUCCAGCCAUGCCCAGAUUACAUUAAUGGAUUCAAGCCAUGGGAGAAUGCAAGCCGGACCUGUAUGAAAGAUGGGACGUGGUUCUUCCAUGAUGUUCGCAACCGAACGUGGACUGAUUUACGUUCUUGUACAACUCGGCAAUAUGACGACGCUUUAACAAGAGCUGAUUUCAUCAAGUCUCACAUGGGGAGAAUCAAGCAGAUGUACAACUCUGGUUAUGGUAUCUCCCUGGUUUCCCUAGUCGUCUCCGUCACAAUCAUGAUCUGUUUCAGACGCCUUCACUGUCCCAGAAACAGCAUUCACAUCAACCUGUUUGCUUCCUUCAUCCUGAGAGCCUCUUUCUCGUUCAUGAAAGAAAAUAUUUUGGUUGAGGGUGUGGGAUUCCCUUCUGAUGUCAUUACUGAUGGGGACGCACCUGUUGUCUUCAAAAAUGAGAGUUCGCACUGGGAAUGCAAGCUCUUCUUCACAUGUUUCUACUACAUCUUGGGUGCCAACUACAUGUGGAUAUUUGCAGAGGCUGUUUAUCUACACAUGCUCAUCACUGUGGCUGUGUUCUCCGAAAAGAGCAGUGUUAAAUGGUACGCACUUCUUGGCUGGGCUUCUCCUGUUCUAUUUGUGGUGCCCUGGGUAAUUGUUAGAGCAAAGUUAGAAGACGAAUACUGCUGGAACACUCAUCCAACUCCAGGAUAUUUUUGGAUAAUGCGAGGUCCCAUAGUCCUGUCCAUCGUGAUUAAUUUUCUAUUUUUCUUGAACAUCAUCCGUGUUUUAUUCACAAAACUCAAUGCUGUCCAUUCACCGGAAGCUAAGAAAUACAGGUACAGAAAACUGGCAAAAUCAACAUUAGUGCUCAUUCCGCUGUUUGGAGUUCAUUAUAUUGUGUUUGCAUGGCUUCCAAAAGAUAUCCAUCCAGUAGCUGAGCUGGUUCAGCUUUAUUUUGAAAUGUUUUUCAACUCAUUUCAAGGUUUCUUUGUAGCUCUUCUGUUCUGCUUUCUGAAUGGUGAGGUACAAAGUGAAAUACGGAAAAAAUGGCACAGAUUUCGCUUGAACCAUCUCCACCAAUUUCCUCAAAGUCGAAAAAAUAGCCAGAGUCUGACAUUAGUUACAUACCUUUCCAGAGGACGUGAGUCUAAUGCUUCAGGUACAUACUUUCCGGAGAGACGUGAGAGCUCUGGUAAUGGUUUCAUCAAAGGUGUGAAUUCUUUAAACAAAGAUGUUUCUGUGAACUCAUUUUCCAUGAGAACACACAACAGUGUUAGGACAUCUGAAAACAAUAUUAUACUAGAGUCAGAAGAGAUGGAACCCAUGAUACAAUUGACUGGUUUUUCAUCAACAGACAGUCCAAAUCAGCCAAAUGGUUUCUCGUGA